CUUCAUCAGCAACAACGCCAAAACUUUCUUCUUCAUCCAAUUCAGCUCAUCAAAAUGAAGACGUGCCUUGCACUUGCUGCCACCACCCUCAUCGUCGCCUCAACCUUCGACUCCGUCGUGGGCCUCGCCAAAUACCUCGACGAGCUCCCGAACGGAAGCUCCUUCUCGCAGGAGCUCGGACACCCAGACAAGGACUCCUCUAAGUUUACGGACUUUGCAACAGCCUUCGCCGAUGCCGGGCACUCGUGGACCGCCGAGUUCUGCGCCAAGACCUUUCCAGGCGCGUCGAUGACCAACGGCGAGGCCUUCGGGGACCCGUGCUGCACGUGGAAGAAGGGCGGCACUCCAGAUUUCACUGUGACGGCCUUCACGACGAGCCCUACCAAGGCCACCACUUGCGCAUCGACAAGUCAGACGUCAACCGCUUCAUCUACUGCUGCAUCGACGGCAUCGUCAACCGCCGCCUCGAGCGCUGGUAGCUCGACUUCGACCACGACGGAUGCUCCCGUCACAACGGACGCGCCUGCUACAACGGACGCACCUGCUUCGACGGACGCCCCCGCUGCCACUGAUGCUCCAGCCUCACCCACUAUGCCCUCGACCCCGUCAGGAGGCUGUGCAGCGAAGGGUGCUGGUGGCAAAGGGCAGAGCAAGGGCAGCUACAGCUUCCGCCACUAAGCCGUAGAGUCAGCAGCGCCAACUUUUUGAGCGAUAGAGUGGUGAACAUCUGAGUGAAUGUAGUGUAGUGUCUACGAGUAGACUCAAGCAAGGAGUAUAGGUAUCGAAGUAAAUGUGCUUGUUCGAG